GCCCUCCCGCGCGCGCCGCAACCGUUCGUCUCGCACCGAACGCACGUCAUGGCCGCUCUCGGCAGCGCGAUGCGCGCGACGACCAUCCUCCCGAGCGCGAGAGCGUUCGCGGGGCGGAAGCACGCGAAGAAGGCUCAGGUCUCCACCGUCACGCGCGCGGCGAGCGCGGAGAAGGCGGGACCGAAGAUCGUGGAGGUCGCCGCCGCGGUGGACCACAACGACCUCCUCCCGGAGGGGCUCUACUGCAACGCGCACUACCAGACCACGCGUCGCAAGACGAGGACGGUCACCAUCGGCAACGUCAAGCUCGGCAGCGAUCACCCGAUCGUCCGCCAGACGAUGACGACGUCGGACACGCGCGACGUCGAGGCCACCGUCGCGGAGGUCAUCAAGUGCGCCGACGCGGGCGCGGAGAUGGUUCGCAUCACCGUCCAGGGCAUGCAAGAGGCCAAGGCGUGCAAGGUGAUCAAGGAAACGCUCAUGGCGAAGGGGUACACGACCCCGCUCAUCGCGGACAUCCACUUCGCGCCGAAAGUCGCGAUGAUGGUCGCGGAGUGCUUCGAUAAGAUUCGCGUCAACCCGGGCAACUUCGCGGACGGUCGCAAGACGUUCGAGGAGAAGCUGUACGAGACGGACGAGGAGUACAACGAGGAGCUCGAGAUGAUCGAGGAGACGUUCACGCCGCUCGUGCUGAAGUGCAAGGAGCGCGGCGUCGCGAUGCGGAUCGGCACCAACCACGGGUCUCUCUCCGCGAGGACGCUGUCGCGAUACGGCGACACCCCGGCGGGGAUGGUCGAGUCCGCGUUCGAGUUCGCGCGCAUCUGCCGCAAGCACGACUACCACAACUUCGUCUUCUCCAUGAAGGCGUCGAACCCGCUCGUGAUGGUCCAGGCGUACCGCCUCCUCGCGCACGAGAUGUGGAAGCUCGGGUGGGACUACCCGCUUCACCUCGGCGUGACGGAGGCGGGCGAGGGCGAGGACGGGCGGAUGAAGUCCUCCAUCGGCAUCGGCGCGCUCCUCCUCGACGGACUCGGCGACACCAUCCGCGUGUCCCUCACCGAGGCGUCGCACCUCGAGAUGGAGCCGUGCACGCGCCUGCGCGAUCUCGGCAUGGACGCGUGCGAGAAGAUGAUUGGCGUCGAGAAGUUUGACGAGACGGCGCGCGACUUCAAAUCGUUCGGCCGCCGCGAGAGCCAGCUUCCCGUUCAAAAGGAGGACGACGCGAUCGACCUGCGCAACGUCCUCCACCGCGACGGCUCCGUCCUCAGCGCGGUCACGCCCGAGAUGCUCGCGUCCGAGGACCCGUUCUACCGCGACCUCGGGGCGAAGCUCGCGGUCGGGAUGCCCCUGCGCGACAUCGCGACGUCGGACUCGAUCAUCCUCCGCGAGAUUCCCAAGCCCGACGACGAGAAGGCGAACCGCUCGAUCCGCCGCCUUCAGGAGAUCGGCGUCGGCGUCCUCGCGCCCGUCGACGCGCUCGCGAAGACCCCGGUCGCGAACGCGAUCGCGAUGGUCGCCGCGAAGGACGCGGCGACGGCGACGAUCCCCGACUGCGCCGCGCGCGUCGCCGUCGUGAUCGACGGCACCGAGUCGGAGGAGGAGAUCGUCGCGGCGCUCGCGACGGACCCGGUGAUGUGCCUGAUCGCCACCGCGCCCGGGGUUUCGCGCCUCCACGCGUCCCGCCGCGUGUUCGAGUGGAUGCACCGCGCCGGCUCCGCCGUGCCGGUGAUUCACAAUAUGCAGUUCGACGCGAGCGCGGAGAAGGACACCGUCGUGAUCGAGUCCGGCGCGCAGGCGGGCGGCUUGCUGUGCGACGGCCUCGGCGACGGCGUCGUCGUCGAGCACCCGGGGGUGCCGCUGUCGUAUCUCCGCACGACGUCGUUCGGCUUACUUCAGGGGUCGCGCAUGAGGAACACGAAGACGGAGUACGUAUCGUGCCCGUCCUGCGGCAGGACGCUGUUCGAUCUCCAGGAGGUCACCGCCGCGAUCUCGGAGCGCACGGGGCAUUUGCCUGGCGUCGCGAUCGCGGUGAUGGGGUGCAUCGUGAACGGUCCGGGGGAGAUGGCGGACGCGGAUUUUGGAUACGUCGGCGGAGCGCCCGGGAAGAUCGACCUGUACGUCGGCAAGGAGGUCGUGAAGCGGGGGAUCGACAACGACACCGCGUGCGACGAGCUCAUUCAGCUCAUCAAAGAUCACGGCCGGUGGGUGGAGAAGGAGGUGGAGGAGGAGGAGGCGGUCGCCGCGUGAAGCGAGCGAGGCGAGUCUCGCCGACGGACGAGCGAGUCGAUCUGACGCUCGUCGUCGGAGACGCGGCGAUCGACGGGGAUGGGCGGCGAAUAUUUCGUUUUUUUGGACGUCUCUCGAGCGGCUUCGCGCUCGAACGACGGAAGAAAGAGAUAUCUUUGGAAUGUUAAUACCAUUUUUCAGAACAC